GCUAACUCAAUCUUUCCUUGUCCAUCUCUGAGUUCAGACUAUCCCAAAGAACUACAGUUUUUAACGAACCCCUGCGAGAAGUGCUUCUGCCCGGCACCCCCUCCCAAAAUCAGCGACCUCAUGAACGACAAAGAUCUGCUGGACUUGCUGCGGCUCAAAUUGGAUCCAAACCACUGCACCAUCAAAAACUGGAAAAACUUUGCGAGUCGUUGGGGGAUGAGCUAUGACGAACUGACCCUGCUGGAGCAUCGGACCCAGGGUUCCUUGUCCCACAGCCCCACCCAGGAGUUCCUGUUACGCUACAACCAGAAAACGGUCACUGAGCUCACUGAACUUUGCCGCAUCUAUCAGCGCAUUGAUGUGCUGCGACUGCUGCAGAGCUGGAUAGAGAAGGAUUGGCCGUCGCGCUGGCAACACACACAAUCAAUUUGACUCUUAAUCUUUCAGGGUUGUACUUGAUUUCCUAAUUUUCAUAAGCUUUGAUACAUGCUACCAGUUUUUUGUAUCUUUAGUAAAUGAGCUUGUGAAAUGGAUAAAACAAUGCUGUCGAACCUGUCUGUAGAGAAUAUUGCACAGUACUGACCUCACGCUGUUCUGGAUAUAGUGAAUACAAUGCAAAGUCACAGAUCUGAUUGGUGCAUGCAGAUCACCAGUAUAUUUCUUACUUGUGACCUGACGUUGGCACACCUGCUGCAGAUUCUGAGUCUUUGGAGCAGUGUUAAAGAUUGACAUUAACUAAAUCAGGUGGAGUUGGAUUAUUCAAAUUCAAGCAACGAUGUUGAUGUCAAUGCUGCAAAAUUUCAUUUUCUUACUUUCUGUGUUUCAAAGGCUGUUUAGAGAUUUUCAUAAUACCUGGGCAGAGGCAGAAACAUGUCACUGUGCAGUGCAACUCAACAACAAGAACAGAAGUUAAAGGACAAAACACUGGAGUUGGACACUGAAAUAGCUUCACCGUAAUGGGACAGUUUAGACAUAGUGAUUCCACUGACUUGUUCAUUAACACAGCGGUCCCCAACCUUUUUUGCUCCACGGACGGUUUAAUGUCAGACAAUGUUUUUACGACUUUGAGGUGUGGCGGAUAAAUACAACAAAAUUCAAUGAUCCAACCGCUGGUGUUUUGUAAAUAUAAUAAUAAACGCAAAUUCACUGUG